CGUUAUCCAUUCGAAGCCCUAGCACAAGCCGUAGCGGUGGUAAUCGGGAACCCCCGACGCCUAUCGCUCCCAAUGUUUGACGGUUCUAGGGAUUUCUCGCAUCAAGUUGCCCGCUUUUAGAGCUCUCGGAGCGAGCUUGACGGAGUUUAGUAUUCAAACACACGACAACAUUCCAGAACCCGAAACAACCUCCAUGUCGUACGGCUCAUUGCCGUUCUGGCAAAAUUUCUGUAACGGUUACAAUCGUCGCCAAGAGCCGAGUUUGCAAAAGGACUACGUCUAUUUCACGCUACUCCAUGGCCAUGCUCUAGGUCCCUCAGUCGCUAAGCCGUACCUGGAACCGGAGCCCACCGAAUGGCGGGGGCCACACCCCGACAAUCUGGAAUUCCGACAACCUUCUCGCCGACUGAUUUGCGAGAGAUAUCGGUCACGGCGAGGAACGUUGCAAUCACCCUUGGCUCCAUUAUUAUCAAGUUCCGCACCCACCUCCAUGCUCAUGAAGACGGGCUCAUGGGCUCGAGGUGCGACUCGCAUAUAUGAUGAGCGCUCCAGCCUUUUGGAUUCAAGUGAACGGCUUCACGUCGUUACCGAACCAGUCUCGGAACCAUCCCCCAUAAUGGCAACCCCAGAACUCGGGCCGCAGCCCAGCACGCCCGCGCCCGCGCCAGAAAUACAUCAGAGCAUUAACGAUGCUAUGGCCCGUCGCAUUGUGCGCAAGAUCGAUUGGCGCAUCAUUCCCCUCCUAUUUACCACGUACCUAUUCAACUUUAUGGACAAAACCAUCCUGUCGUCGGCUGCCGUAUUCGGCCUGAAAAACGACAAUCAUCUUGUAGGUCAGCAGUACUCGUGGGUCUCGAGCGUUUUCUACUUCGGCUACUUCUUUUGGACGUAUCCGACGACACUUCUCAUUGCUCGCGUUCCCGUCGGCAAGUACAUCGCCAUCAACACCUUCUUCUGGGGUGCCGUCGUCGCCCUGACGGCCGCGUGCUCGAGUUACGGCGGUCUGAUCACCGUGCGUUUCCUGCUCGGGGUCGCUGAAGCCACCAUUACUCCGGCGUUAAUGUUCAUCACAUCCACUUGGUACACCCGCGACGAAGUGCCCGUCCGCACUGGCAUCUGGUUCGCAGGCAACUCCAUCGGCGGCAUCGUCUCGUCGCUACUAGCCUACGGCCUAGGUCAUAUUGCCGAGACAGACAAAGUGGGCCCGUGGCGCGCUAUGUUCAUUCUCCUCGGCGGAGCCACCUUCAUCUGGGGUUUUGUGAUUUUCUUCCUCCUGCCCGACAGCAUAUCCAAGGCCAAGUUCCUCACCCCCGAGGAGCGCCAGUGGGCCGGCGAUCGCGUUGUUAUCGCCGGAACGGGCAGCACGGAUAAGACGGUCUGGAAAUGGGAUCAGAUGCUCGAAUGCCUCUCUGACCCUAAGACCUGGCUUAUUUGGUCCAUCACCAUCCUCUGCCAGAUCCCCAACGGCGGCACCCAGAACUUCGCCAACCUCGUCAUCGUCUCCUUCGGUUUCACCUCGCUGCAGUCAACUCUCAUCAACAUCCCCUACUCCCUCAUCACCGCCGGUUUCAUCUUCGGCACAGGCUGGCUGGCCGGUCGCUUCAGGUCGCUCAACUGCAUCCUUGCAGCUUGCAUCGUGAUCCCGCCCGUCGUCGGCAGCGCUCUGAUCGGCAAGCGCGGCAGCAUCCCCCACGGCGCAUCGUUAUUCGGCUACUUCUGUCUGUCGACGGGACCUGCGGCUCUGCCUCUAAUCCUGUCUCUCGUCCAGACCAACUUCCGUGGCGUCACCAAGAAGAUGACCAUGACGGCCAUGGUCUUCAUCGCCUACUGCGCGGGAAACAUUGCUGGGCCGCAGCUGUUCAAGGCGUCUGAGGCCCCGCUUUAUGGCACCGCGUUCCAGGCUAUUAUGAUUUGUUAUGCUCUUGUAAUAUGUUUGGCGCUUGUGUUGAGGUUCUAUUUGCAGUUUAUGAAUACGAGACGGGUCAAAGAGGAGGGGGUUGACGGGAGCGCGGGAACUUCGGGCGCAGUGGGCGGUGGGAAAGUGCUGGAUAUUACUGAUGGGCGGCCUGUGAUGGAGGUGGUGAACGAAGUUCAGCUCAGGCCAGAGGAUUAUGAAGAUGUGACGGAUUGGAAGACUUUUGGAUUUAGGUAUCGGUUGUAAGGGACUGUGGUGUGGGUAUGUUGUCAUCAUGCUUCAUGGUUGAUAACUGAGGUACUGUUACGAAACACGAUUUAAUAAUUUAUUAUGACAUGAUCUUGUACUCUAUUCCUCGAUGUUUCACGUUCAGACGGCUUAAUGGAGGUUAGUUAUCAAGAAGGUUCCUGCACCCCCUUUCGUGAAUAUCGAAGUAAAUAUACC